AUGUCUCUCAGAUAUCUUAGCGGCUGCGCACUCUUUAGCCGUCUCGCCAACCGUCGAGGCAUCAGGAUGAUGCAUAUGUCCACCGUAGUGGGUGAUUCUGGUCGCUCUUACGUCACGGGCGAGGUGCUCCAGCGCCGUCGUGAGGACAACACCCCGACCAUCUUGAAAGCCGACUCCGAACACGAGUCUUUCAUCGUCAAGCGUGUGCGCAGGCCGUUUUACAAUCUGUCUCUACGUCUUGCUGCUGAAUUUGCAAGCUCACGCUGGCUCCGAAUGCACACUGAUUGCAACACGGAAGAAGGCGUUCUUAUCUAUCCCUAUUAUCGAAACACCCUGCUUGCUUUGAUUCAGGACGAUCCAGACCUGCCCAUAACGGAACGGAAUAAGAUUUUACGAGGCACGGGAGAAGCAAUACAGGAGCUUCAUAACAAGGGUUGGAUACACUGCGAUUUGAAGCCUGAUAACAUACUAGUCAACUGGACUUGCGACGAUCAGGGGACUAAAACCGUCACCGAUGUGGUUCUUGGCGAUUUUGAUAUUGCUUAUGAGUUGCAAGGCGGACUUUCACGUCAGACCCCGUACGCAAUAGGCAACGUUAUGUGGCGGAGCCCAGAAGGACAGACAGGAAUAACGAGCAAGGCAUCAGACGUGUUCUCGUUUGGACUAGUUUGCAUAUACGUCCUCGGCGGCGGUGAGUUGCUGCUCAUAAACAAUAACAAUUACCAAGAACUCAAAAAGACUGGUCAUACCGCAGAGCAGGAGAUAAUUACUCGGCACUUUUGCUACUUCGGACCAGUUCCCAAAGAGCUCUUCGAGCAGGUUAGCAAUGACCUUUGGCGUCGCGCUCUGGAGGGAGCUUCAGCGAUGGCCGAAGAUAUGGUGAGGGAACAACCGGAAAUGAGGUUCAUGCGUUGGAGCGCCGAGCUUGGCCCUGAGGCACAGGAAGUGAUAUCUGGAAUGACAAAUCUGAAUCCGACGAGCAGAAUACCGAUCGAAGAAGUUGUAAAGCACCGAUGGCUGCAGGGACCUACGUAG